AUGGAGUCUUGUGGGAGACCAUUGCUGUAUGUAAUGGUUGUGACAAUAACAGUAGCGGCCGUUCCACCUCAGACUGUCCCUGGCCGCAGACCAGCUGGUGUGGCGUUGUUGAGGGCUGCUUCAAGGGGAGAAACUGGGAGGGUGACCAAAAUCCUACGACGUCCAGGAGUGGACGUCAACUACGCUGAGAAGACAGGCUGGUACAGAGGCUACACAGCGUUGAUGUGGGCAGCAGCAAGCAACAGCUCGCAAAUGGUGGCUACACUCCUCAGCAACGGUGCAGAUGUCAACAGUAAAAGUUAUGCAGACGUGACGGCAGUAUUCCUGGCAGCUAAGGAAGGUUUCCUGACUGUGGUGAAGCAGUUGCUGAGGAACGGAGCAAGACCUGAUGUUCCUACUAUCCAAGGCUUCACAUCGUUGUUGUACGCCACCUGGAACGGUCACCUGCAGGUGGUGGAGGAACUACUCGCCUACAAGGCCGACCCUAACUUCCAGACGCCUUCCAGCAGUGAGUCUUGCUAUUGUACUCUCUCCUUCCAUCUUCCCUAAAUCUGGUACUCUUGUCCUCCAUCCCUCAGCAAUUUCCCAAAGUAAUAAUUAUUCCAGCAACCAUUCUUGACACAAUAAGAUCACCUAACAUUCACAACCUCUUUUAUUAGCUCUAUGCUCCUCCACUUCUCCCUGCCAGCUCUAUGCUCCUCCACCUCUCCUUGUCAGUUCUAUGCUCCUCAACUUCUCCCUGUCAGCUCUAUACUCCUCCACCUCUCCCUGCCAGCUCUAUGCUCCUCCACUUCUCCUUGUCAGCUCUAUGCUCCUCCACUUCUCCUUGUCAGUUCUAUGCUCCUCCAUCUAUCCUUGUCAGCUCUAUGCUCCUCCACUUCUCCCUGCCAGUUCUAUGCUCCUCCACCUCGCCUUGUCGGCUCUAUGCUCCUCCACUUCUCCCUACCAGAU